AUGUCGGUCUUCGAGUAUAAUGGAAGUGCCAUAGUAGCUAUGGUGGGAAAGAACUGCUUCGCUAUAGCUAGCGAUCGCCGACUUGGAGUUAACCUUCAAACAGUUGCCACUGAUUUUCAGCGAAUCUACAAAAUCCACGAUAAGCUCUUCGUCGGUCUCUCUGGCCUUGGCACUGACGCCCAAACUCUGUAUCAGAGGCUUGUUUUCCGUCACAAAUUGUACCAGCUGCGAGAAGAAAGGGACAUGAAGCCUGAGACUUUUGCUAGCCUUGUUUCUGCUAUACUUUAUGAGAAAAGGUUUGGUCCGUAUUUCUGCCAACCCGUAAUUGCUGGAUUGGGUGAUGAUAGCAAGCCAUUCAUUUGCACAAUGGAUUUCAUUGGGGCCAAGGAACUUGCAAAAGAUUUUGUUGUUGCUGGCUCAGCCUCUGAGUCGCUUUAUGGUGCCUGUGAAGCAUUGUUCAAGCCUGACAUGGAACCUGAUGAAUUAUUUGAAGUGGUAUCCCAAGCAUUGCUAGCGUCAGUAGAUCGGGACUGCUUGAGUGGCUGGGGAGGACACAUCUAUAUCGUUACCCCUGAUGAACCAGGUUGGGUGGGUGGACUCACCAUUCAAUCCCAUCAGAUGGUCGGUUAUUUCCAUGAGUUUGAAAGACGAGAUGUGCCUGUGCCUUUUCUGUUCUUGCACUUGUACCCAGAAGCUGGAAAAGCACACAGUUUGAUAUUUGCAUAUGGGCCAGCUGUAGAGCUAGAAGCUUUUGAGGCAAGUUCAGUUUGUAAGUCAACAUGGGAUUUUAUUUGUUACAUCGAGAAUUUCUGUGUUGCCAAUCUACUAAAGAUGGUCAUUGUAUUAGCUCUGUUCUACAUUGUCCUCCUAUUCUUCUACCUGUUCUAUAAAAUGGGCAUUUGCGAGUGCAUUGGCCAUAUCUUCUGCAAAAUGGCUUGGUUAUGCUUGGUUGCUUGGUUCUCUAUGUGGGAGUAUUGUUGCAUUUUCAUUUGUGAUAAGCUUAUAAUGCUCAAACGGAUAAGGCACGGCCACAGAAUUGACUUAUCAGAGUUUGACACAAGUGAAGAAGACUACGAUUACGUACCUAGAACCAUGGAAAUAAGUGGAACAUUAUCUCGUCGAACAAGAGAUUACAGGAUAGUUCACUUAAGCAAGUCUUUGAGGCCAAGAAGUCACCGUAUUCGAGUAGGUUUAGGCUCAGCUUUUGAUUGUGGUUGUGAAAGAAUCCUUCGUGUUAAGCAUGGAAAACAUGUUAGCACAGUUAAAAACAUUCGGGUGACUCACACGUCGCAGUUUGUGCGUAAAGGCUCAAGUUUUAGGGGAAGGGCUUUUCGAAGACAAUGGCGGUGA